AUGGCUUCCCUUCGAGCAUGCAACCUCAGGAUGCUGCUGGCUGUUGUGUGUGGGCUGCUGACUACUGUCGUUUUGGGACUGAGCAUAUGGAGGACUGUGGUAUACCAGAAAGGAACCCUUUCCUCUUCAUCAAACAUUCCUACAUCUUUCUGCAAGAAUGGUGGCACCUGGAUGAAUGGCAGAUGUAUUUGUCCAGAAGAAUGGAAAGGACUGAGAUGCACAAUCAUCAAUUACUGUGAAAGUGGACCUUAUGAAAACUAUACAUUUAAAAAAAUUCCAGUGGGAAGAUAUGGAUAUUCCUUGGAAACAUGUGGCCCUGACACCCCAAAUGGGGGCAAACCAUUGGCAACCUGCCUGUGUGACUAUUUGGAAAAUGGAAUGAUUGGACGGAAAAAUAUGAAAAUAGGAAAUUGUAGUGAAACUCUGCAAACUCUGGAGCUACAAGCACAAGAUAUUUCUGCAAGUACUUCUGAGACUAUUUCUACUAAUGCCCAGAUUUUGACAUCUAAUGCCAGUAAAUUAACUCCAGAUAACAUCACUUCUGCUGCGAAUGUGGCCACAAAGAUCAUCACUUCUGAAAAAGCUUCAUCCAAGGCACGACAAACUGCUGUAGUAACAGUAAGUCAACUUCUAGAUGCCAGUGAAGAUGUUUUUCAAGAAGCUGCUACUCUCGAUAACCAAACAGCCUUUGCAAAACUGAUUAAGAUAAUGGAGAAUUAUUCCACUUCUUUGGGCGGAGAGUCAGUAGUGGAACCUAAUAUAGCCAUACAGUCUGUUAAGUUCUCUGGAAAAGACUCAAAGACUAAUACUGCUCUCUUUUCUAUAAUGAAAGGAUCCAGUAAGUUUUUUGAUUCUAGCUCCAUAUCUGUAGAAGAAAAUGUGCACAACUAUACUAUGAAAGAACAGCUUGAACUUCAGAUCUUGCUCAGUACUUCCAACAGAAGUGCCACAGGAUGUGGCUUUGUAGUGUAUCAAAACAACAAGUUUUUCCAAUCAAAAACUUUUACAACUUAUUCAAAUUUUAGUCAAAAAAUAAUCUCUGGUAAAACUGGACAAAAUGGAACAAUUAAUACCUUUGUCAAAAAUGAUCAGAGCACUUUUGUUAAAAUGGCCAUUAACCCAGAGUUCAACUCCAAUGUAUUACAAAUCCAUUCCUUUGCUUGCGUCUACUGGAAUACUGACUUCAACGAUUGGGACACAGAUGGCUGUUAUAAAGAAAGUGCCGAUGGUGAAAAGCCGCUGCGAUGCCGCUGCGAUCACACUACUAAUUUUGCCGUAUUAAUGAGUUUCAAAAAGAAAUAUGUUUAUCUUGAGCCACUAGACAAAUUAUCCACUGCCGGAUGUGCGCUGUCCAUUGCUGGUCUGCUUCUCACAAUCAUAUUUCAGAUUUUCACCAGGAACGUCAGGAAAACCUCAGUAACCUGGGUGGUGGUCAGUUUGUGUACUUCAAUGCUGAUUUUCAACCUCCUCUUUGUGUUUGGAAUUGAAAACUCCAAUAAGCCCUCAAAGGCAGAUGGUGCUGAGAGAAAAAAUGACAUGCAGAACGAAGUGCCUCAAUCAGACCUUAUAGAAGCCAAAUCCAACCCCACAUGCACUGUAAUCGCGGCUUUGCUGCACUAUUUUCUGUUAGUGACAUUUACCUGGUCUGGUAUCAGCGCCACACAACUCUAUUACCUUCUAAUUAGGACCAUGAAGCCUCUUCCUCGAAAUUUCAUUCUUGUUAUCUCUUUAGUUGGGUGGGGGGUCCCAGCUAUAGUGGUGGCUGUGACAGUAGGAACUACUUAUGCUCUGGCUAAGGAGAAGUCAAAUUGGGAGAUAAACUACCGUCAAGAGCCAUUUUGCUGGCUGAAAACUUUUGAAAAUGACAGUGUUCUACAAAGUCCAUUUUUAUGGUCAUUCAUCAUGCCUGUGACCAUUAUCCUCAUUAGCAAUGUUACUAUAUUUAUUAUCAUCACAGUCAAAGUGUUAUGGAAGAAUAACCAGAAUCUGACAAGUACAAAAAAAGUUUCACACAUUAAGAAGAUUUUCAGCACGUUAUCUGUUGCAGUUGUUUUUGGAAUUACCUGGAUUCUGGCAUAUUUAAUGUUGAUUGAGAAUGAUGUUGGGCUCGUCUUCAGCUACCUGUUCUGCAUUUUCAAUAGUACUCAGGGAUUGCAAAUUUUUCUCCUCUACACUGUCAGAACAAAAAUCUUCCUGAAUGAAGCUUCCAGAGUGCUGAAGUUGAUGUCAUCAUCUGCUCAGAGAAUGAAGCCAUCAAUGGCCACAUUGAGUCUGAAUCUAAGGAUGUAUAACUUGCUCAGGUCAUUUCCAUCCCUAUAUGAACGCUUCACGCUGCUAGAACCAUCUAUAAUUACUGAGGAAACAACAGUCUCUGAAAGUUUCCGGGAAAAUUAA